AUGAAGAGCCUCAGCAAGAUUUUUAGCAGGCAAGCCCCCAGCGCAGGCCAGCGAAGCCUCUUCAACUUCUCUUCAUCCACAGCCUCCGACCUGGCGCCGGGCCAGCGCGAGGGCAUGAACGUCGUCCAGGACCAGCACAAGCAGGAGCACGGCAGCGGCGGCGAGGGCGGCAACUUCAAGCACAUGUCCAAGACGGGCGAGCAGUUGUGGUCGCCGUCGUCUCUGGUGACCGGCGGGGGGGUGGGCGAGCCGGGCCAAAAGGAGGAGGUCAACGAAACCCCCGUGGGCGAUGAGAUCAUCCACGCCUCUGCCGACCCGGCCAAUGCCGGCACCAUCGACGAACUGCAAGAGGAGGACUUUGCGGCCGAGGCCGACUGGAGGCGACUGGGCAACGAGACCGCGGCGGGGCCGUCGGUGUUCGACCACGAGAGGCCGUACCACAUCCUGCACCAGGGCUACCACGGCCCGCCGCCCGAGGACAGCCACAUUCAUCGCGAGGACCUCAAGGACAGCGACUCCUCCUACACUCCCUAA